CCUCGCUCGCCGGGCUGUGGAACUAACGAGUGUCCCCUGGCCGGCUCCUGCGUCCCCCGUCUGUACCCCACUCUUGGCGGGGUGCGGCUUGUGGCCCCUCCGUCUAGCUCUGCUUCACGCGAUUUGGCUGACCUUUUGGGGUGUCCACUUCACUAUGUCCGAUCAAGGCCGAAGGCCGUGGUUCAAAAGGGCUGGGUGUCCCUGGCCCCGAUGGGCGUGGAGUUUCUGCCGAUUUUACCUUCGCCACCUCCCGAGUACUCUGUCUGGUUUAGGGAAACUGAUCAGUAUGUUAAACGCGGAGGUCUCCCUGCUCUGAGGGUGAGGGCCGAACCUUCCUGGGCCAACUUCAGCCUCUGUUGUUAGAAGCAGCAGCGGCAGCUGUAAGGCCAGGACAAUUUCAGGAGAUGUGCACCUUUUUCCAAGUAAAACAAGAAGACUAGGACAGUGUUCUCUAAGAUUCCUUUUAUCCCUGACAUCCUGUGAGCGGGCAGUUAACUUCAACUUUAAGGAAGAGCUGCCGGUGCAGAGGGAAAACGCUGGGAGUCAGCAGGCCAGAGAUCUGCUCUGGCUGGGGACCUAGAAAUCUCUUCUUUAGGCUGCGUCUACCUUAAUUUCAGCUUACAGGGUUGAAUUCGAUCUUUUAGGGGCCUUUAAAACUCAAUGGAUAAAUAAACUUUUCAGAGCCCAAUUCUCGAUGUGUAAACAUCAAGGUUAAUUUCCAUGAUGUUUGGUGGUUAUGAGACUAUAGAAGCAUAUGAAGAUGACCUUUACCGUGAAGAGUCAUCUAGUGAACUGAGUGUUGAUAGUGAGGUGGAAUUUCAACUCUACAGCCAAGUUCAUUAUGCCCAAGAUCUUGAUAAUGUCAUCAGGGAGGAAGAACAUGAAGAGAACUCUGGGAAUUCUGCAUCAUCCAGUAGUAAAUCAAAUCAGAAGAACUUAAUUAUCCUUUCAGAUAGUGAGGUCAUCCAGCUAUCAGAUGGGUCAGAAGUCAUCACUUUGUCUGAUGAAGAUAGUAUUUAUAGAUGUAAAAGAAAGAAUUGUAGAGCCAAAACAAAAGAAAAGAAACAAGGUUCUCCUGCUUCUCUUUGUUCUGAUGAAUUGGCUGAUCAGAAAUGCAAGAGGGAUGUUGACAAACCUAAACCCCAGGGGAGAUCAGAAAAGAUCCGGGAGGUGAUGAUUAUAGAGGUCAGUUCAAGUGAAGAGGAAGAGAGCACCAUUUCCGAGAGUGAUAACGUGGAAAAUUGGAUGCUUCUGGGAUGUGAAGUUGAUGAUAAAGAUGAUGACAUCCUUCUCAACAUUGUGGGAUGUGAAAACUCUGUUAAUGAAGGAGAAGAUGAUGUGAACUGGUUCAUCAGUGACAAAGAUGUUGAGGCCCAGAUAGGUAAUAAGAGAUCAUCUGGAAGAUGGACCCACCGAUACUAUUCAGCUAACAAAAAUGUUACCUGUAGGAAUUGUGACAAAUGUGGCCAUUUGUCCAAAAACUGCCCCUUUCCACAAAAAGUUCGCCCCUGCUGCCUCUGCUCCGAGAGAGGACACCUCCAAUAUGCCUGUCCGGCCCGCUUUUGCUUAGACUGUUCCUUGCCUAUGUCUUCUACUCACAGAUGUCUUGAAAGAUCUUCCUGGCGGAAACGAUGUGACCGAUGUGAUAUGAUCGGCCACUAUGCUGAUGCUUGCCCAGAAAUCUGGAGGCAGUAUCACCUAACGACCAAACCUGGACCACCCAAAAAGCCGAAGACCCCUUCUGGAAAAUCAGCCUUGGCAUAUUGCUACAACUGUGGGCAAGAAGGCCAUUAUGGACACGAAUGUACAGAAAGACGAAUGUCUAACCAGACCUUCCCAACAUCUCCAUUCAUCUACUACUACGAUGACAAAUACGAAAUUCGAGAACGAGAACAGAGAAUAAAACGAAAAGUGAAAGAACUCCAGAAAAAUGGGGAUUUUCCCAAGCAAUUCAAGAGAACUCAUAUGGAACCCCUGGGUAAGAGCCCUCACCACGAUAAGAGGAAGAGCCAUGGCCCAGGGAAAAACAACCGGUGGUCUCAAGAAAAGAAGGAAACGCAAAAAGAAGCCAAGGGCAGGAAUAGUAGGGAGCGGGAGAAGCGCAGGAAGGCUGACAAGUGUCACGAGGAGGACGAGGACUUUCCAAGGGGCCCCAAAAUCCACCCUGCAAAGUCCAGCACAUUCAAACCCCAGAAGGCUCACAAGUCCUUCCACCGCUCAUCACAUCACCACAAGCCCAGGGAAGACAAGCUGCCCAAGGAGGGCAAGCGGGGCAAGCCCAAGAACAAGCAGAGCCACUUGGAGGAGGAUGGCAACGAUAAUUUAUUCUUUAUCAAGCAGAGGAAAAAAAAGUCUAAGGUGCGGGACAGCUUCUGAUUCUGCUUCCCGGCAUCUGGGGGGUCACCACAUCCCCCCACGGCCAGCAGCAUCUGUGUUGUCUGUGAUUCCCUGAGUGAGUUCUUAUUCCCAGCCACACCAAAGCUGCUCGCCAGGGACCUGGGAGUUCAUAGGUCCAGCAGGCCAUUAUGGAAGUAAGCAAAGACAAAGUCAGACUUGCCCCUGUUCUGGUACAUCAUUUUUACUCAGAAUCUAGGGAUAGGAAGAAUUUAUGUUUUGAAGAAAACUUUUGAAACUACUUUGAAAAAAUAAAAGUUUGUCAAUUUUAAUUCGUAUGCAGUAUGAGUAUGGAAAUUAAAUCCUUUCAGGAAGAGAAAUUAAGGGAAGUAUGAAAAAUUCGUCACUCUUUCAGCAUUACCUUUUUUUUUUAAACAUUGGAAAGGAUAAUAACUAUCGAUCUAAAUCCAGUCUUUCUUGCUUCUGAAACUGGUGUCAGAAUCUUCCUUUGGUGAAAAUAUCACAAGUGCAAAAUGGAGGUCUCACCACCAAAGUCCUAGUGAGACAAGGAAUCACUGCUGGAGCAAAAUACAAGUGAGGCAUCGAACCCGCACGGAAUGUCGCAAGACAGGUUUCCUGAAAUGAGUUGAAAAAGACUCAUCAAAGAUUUUGAUAUAAUCUCAAUAAAAUGAUUUUUACCAUUUUUGUAGCCAGAUUCCAACAAGACUGCCAUUCAUAUAGAGAUGAAAUUGCCCAACUUAAAAAAUUGCUUGUUUUCAUGGGUUUUUUUUAACUGCCACAAAGCUAUACAAAAAUUUUGUACUUGUGUACCUUUUGUACUUAUCAAAGCCAAAUGUAGAACAAGAAUAAAAUGUCUGAAAUAGAGUAAAUAACAUGUUUUGUAAAAAGAUGAUGCAAAUUUGGGUGACAAAGGACUUCAGGAUCUGAGCUCAAAAGGCACUUGUGACCCAAGCUCUGCUCUGAGCAAAAGUAGAACAGGAUGGAAUCAGGUACAUUUUGCUUCUUAAAUGUGUGUUUUACUCUUUGCAAAGUACACAAACUGCUACAUAACUUUUGUAUCUUUUGUGGGGGGAAAGGAGAUUCUCUCCUCCCUCCCGAAUCGAAUUGAGUGUCAGUUGUAGGUCCAUGAUCUUUCUAGUCCACCACCUUCCCUGCACCCACCCAGCUCUCAGCUAAGUGUAAGGUGCUUGGUUUUAUAACAUCAGCUGCGAUUAUUUGAACCCUAAGCUGAGUGCUCAGUCUUUUUACAUCCUUGGUGUGGUGACAGCCACAAACGAUGGCUCCCUAGAGCGGUGAACCCUGAGAUAAUUGGCAUUAUUCCUCAGGGGGACCUGGGCGGGCGUGGUUUAUCUGUGUGGGCAUGGUUUAUCUGUGUGCUGUGACUGCGAUCCUGAGGAUCUCGCUUCAGAGCAUAACUGGAAUUGCCCUUCUUUACGGUCUUUCAUACCUAGAGGAUUGCUCAGAGGAUGGGAGGAAGGAGCUCUCCCCCCCACCCCAUUUGUUUCUUCACAUUAUGUUAAAUUUUCUCCUUGUUUUUCUUUAUUAGUCAAAUAUUUUGUACUGUGCCGGUGACCAGCCUCCGGCAAAGUCGUGUCAGGGGUUCCUGAAAGGAUGAGACAGCCUCGGUGACCUGUAAGGGGCUGAAACUUAAGGGCUGAGGGGAAGGGGAUGAGGUAGAAUGAGGAGACACCGACACUUGGUGAGGUGUUAGUAUCUUCUCCCGAGAGGCUCAGCAGGAUUUUUAUUUAUACAUUUUUUGCAAGCAAUGAGAUUACAUUAUCAUGUGCAUAGAAACAAAGGAGAAACAAUCAGUGCAUCUCUUUUUCCAUAAGCUUUUGGCCACUACGUGCUCUCAGUAAGAAGGCAACCUUCAAGGUUAAUAAAAAACUAAGCCUUAUACUAAAACUCAAUGUUUCAGCUAAACAAUAACCUAAGACAGUAGAUAGCCGCCAGUACAUCCCUAUCAGCCAAAGCCUAAGCAAGAAAAGACUCCUCUUAUUCACAUGGCCUUCAGCCGGGGGACCAGCUGCUACUCAGCUAUCAGAACUUUUUCUACCUAGAAACUCCUUAACUCAAAUAGCUUCAUUUAAAAACUUGCCCAAGAAACUUCAAGAGAAGGCAAAAGAAGGACCUACUGUAAUUAUUGUGUUGUAAUGCUUGUCAGGCAUGUUCAAUAAAUUGUCCCCCAUUGUCAAGUGGGCCAAACUGCCCAACAACUAAUUUCUAAACAGACAAUUUUCCGUGCCAUUUACUUACAGUAUGCUGAUACAUGUAAUUUAUUGCCUAAUAUACUUUCUGAUAAAUUUUUCUCUCUCUAUGACCAAGAACAAAAAGCAAAGGGAUACCAGAUCUUCAGCCCCAUGGUGUGAGGCCCUUUCUCUUAGCUGCUUGUCAGUAUCCUAUCUGGCUGGGGCAACAAAGCUCCCUGCAGCAGUACUGGAAUAUAAUUUGCCCUUCAGGUCUGUGCAUUUUUUUUUUAAAGAUUUAUUUAUUUAUGCAUACAAGAGCUGGGAUACAGGCCAGAGAUCCCAGGGGUGAGAGGAUCCACCAGAGACAAAGUGGGGAACGGAGAACUGGCAGAUUGACUGAAACACAAUGCUGAGGGGAGCAGCGGGCGAGACAGGAGAGGUCUGCCUCGCCAUGUGGGUUGCUCCCUGGCCAGCUGGGGAUCAAACUCAUGCUGCAGAGGCUGCAGAUUGCCCCAUAGUGCGAUGCUUAACCCCUUGCGCCACCAGGGAGGCCCAGGUCUGUGCAUUUUUAUCCAAGUGGGAAAGGAGACUGAGCUGCUUUUUGUCGGCGUGAGGAUGGUGGGACGAGCAAAAAGCCAGAGGCACUUCUUCAUUGCCCGUGACACCAGGUUCCUACACCAAGUGUUGAGCUAAAAGUCAGUCUGCAUACAUUAACUUUCUGUACAAAAUAAGGGAGCUUAACGUUUAUAGAUUUGACAGUGAAGUAUGACUUUAAGUGAAUAAAUAGCACUGAAAGAAGAAAAGUAAAUGGCCAAAUGAUAAGGCCCCAUAUAUAAUUAGAAUAAGGAAGACUAAAAGUCUUUUUGCUCAGGCCCCAAGGGGCUAGUUUCCCAGCUCCAUCAUGGAGAGAAACUCUCCCAUGCACUCAAUGGAAACUCUUGCUUUCAUGGACUAUGCUAUUAGCAGUGCUUAUUGUUAGCACUUUAUGUUUGUAUACAUUUUAUACAAGGAUUACAUUCUCAUUUUAAGGGAAACAAUUUUUUAAAACAAAAUCUUACCUGAUUUUUCCACUCAAAGCUACAGUUAAAACUUUUAGUUCUAUCCUUUAGACAU